AUGGACGGCGGCACUAGGACAGCCGUGCUGUUGCCCGUGGGGGUAGUGGAAGCGAUGAGGGGCCUUUCGGGGGUGGAGGGGGAAGCAGUAAGAUCUAAAGUUGAGCCAGUACUCUGGCUCAUUCGAAUUACCACAGGAGGAAAUUUACUUCUCAGGCUUGAACGAUGGGGAAACGGAACUCAGAAGAUCUUUGGAGAACUAUUACGGCUAUUUCGCUUUGAUAUACUAUAUUCUACUCUGUGUGGCGGAGCUUGCAAUCGCGCAAGACUUUUUGUGCGGAAAAAGAGCUCGAGAAUCUUUCUCAACUGA